AUGGAGAAAGACAAGCCCCUACUGUUGGUGACCCCUGUGUCGGUGAAAGCCAUCAUCUCAAGAAUUGAGGCUGCCCAACUAACUCGGGCUCAGGAGAGGAGAGACUAUUCUCAGCCUGCAUCUCCCACUCUCUCUCCAAGUGACAGUCUGACCUAUGAGAUCAGGAACAGGAAGAGUGAGGAGGAAGAGGAAGCCCUGGAUGAAUGGAUCGAGGUGAUGGAGAAGGGGUUACCUCUCUCCCUCAUCGCCACCAAAGGAGGCAUCGAGUCUCUCAUUUCCCUCCGCUCCACUCUCAUUGAAGGACAAAGGAAAGGGGCACAAAUGUCCAAACACACCUUCUGGCAGGGCUGGCGGGAACAAAGCCCACAAAAAGUGACAUCCUGCCCUCAGCCACUGAGCCCAGAGCAGAUGCUCCAGGACAAGCACACUACCUGCAUAAGGGUCUCCGAGGUGAAGUCCAUGCUGCAGGAACUCCUGGACUCCACGAUGUUCAACAGGGCCAUCAGGUACAUGUCUGCUGUGGUCAAGAACCUCAACAAGGCCUUGAUGCUCCAGCACAAGGAGAACAGAAGCCUGGAGGCCAAAUACAGGCACCUGAAAAUAGAGAUGACCAAAGAACUCAGCAGCCAGAGGCUGUAUUUCCAGAAGUCCCUCCAAGUCCUCAAGAGUAAGAGAGAUGCCCUACUAAAGCAGGUAGAAAUUCUAGGGGGAAAGUACCAUGACCUUCUCCUGAGGAAGCGUGCCUUAGAGUUCCAGCUGAACAAGGCUUAGUCUGCUAGAGGUCAAGCAGAAUACUCAGUCAAGAUCUUGGUUGACUCGCCAGCCCCUGCCAAGAAAGAGGCCCUCCGAAAGAAAGAAACAGUCAUAGAGGAAACCCAACAGGAGCCCAAGAAGGAGGAGCAGUUUUCACCACUCUCCCCAAGUCGCCUGGCCAUGACCUGGGAGAGUAGCGCUAGGCCUUCCACAUGUCAACCACUUUCCACCAUGACUGUGCAUUCAAGGACUGCAGAUGUGUACAGCAGCAAGGACACUGAAAAUCUUCAGCCUGUGUUGCCAUCCUCCGUGGAUCACAAGUUUCCUAAGAAAUGGGAAAGACCGUCAGCAGAAAGCCCAGGCCACAAAGUCAAAGACCAGAAGGACUUCUUCCAGGAAGUGACCCAGGAGAAGGAAGGACUCCAGAUGAAGUCCCAUUUUCAGAAGCAGCUGUCCCCAGAGAGCUCUAGGAAGGUGGCCUUGGAGAGCAAGGCAGAGCACUGGGAAGAGGAACUCAGCUGGGAGAGGCGAAGGCAGCAGUGGCUGGAGGAGGAGAUGUGGCUGCAGUGGCAAGAGAAGUGGGCCCUGCUGGAGCGACACCGGGAGAAGCAGCGGCAGUGGGAGCAGGGGGAAGCAGCAAGGGGGUGGCAGCGGAGAUUGGCCCAGGAGCAAGGGGGCCCAUGGAGGGGGCCAGAGCGGACAGGAGAGGACGUGGAGAGAAUGGGCUUCAUGCCCACCAGUCGAUGGAGGGACUUGGAGGAGGCAUCACUGGCACCUCCCUCAAGCCAGGCCCAAUCUGCUCACCAAGGCAGGAGGCCACACUUGCCCAGGUCCCCUAAGACCCAGCAGCCUGCCCCUGGAAACCAGAGGACCAUGAGUUCAGCUGAGUUUACUCAGAAACCACGGGCCCGCGGUGUUCCCACGAAGCCCAAGAAGACGGCCUCCCUUCCUGUCACGGGGACAUCCCUCCGAGAAGUGGCCCAGCCCCCUUUGCAUACAUCCCCAGUAACUCUGAAGGGGAAGGUAUACCACGUGGACGUGGAGGCCCAGAGGAAGAACCUGCAGCUCCUGACUGAGGAGGAUCAGCUGGGCCUGCCCCACUACCUGCGCAACAAGGUGCGGGAGCUCACCACCACCGCCGUGGAGCUGAACGCGCUCAAGCUGUGGUGCCUGUGCCAUAAGUACAUCCUCUACAGACAUUUCCAGAGCCUCCGACAAGAAGUGAUCAACCAGGUACAAGUUGUGCGAGAAGCUGGGGCUGCCUACAAGGCCCAGAACCUCUACCUCUUCCUGGAAAACGUCGACCGCCUGCAGAACCUCCAGCUUCAGGCCUGGACAGACAAGCAGAGGGACCUGGAGGAGAAGCGCCGAGAGUGCCUGAGCAGCAUGAUGACCAUGUUCCCCAAGCUCCAGCAGGAGUGGAACAUUAACCUGAACACCCCUGUGGUCACCUCCCCAAAGUCAAGGAAAAGCAAGCCUCCUCCAUCCUUACUGCGGAACAUCCAUUCCAGCAGCCCCUCCUGCAAGUGACACCUGGAGCUCUUUAUGACCAAGCACCAGCAAUGUGUGCCCCUGCGGAUGGCCCAGUAGGUGCAUGGAAGCCAGGGGCAGCUGGCUAGCCAACAGGGGAACCAGCUGGAGGCCAUCUGGAAGACUGAUGUGGCCUCCUCCAGUCACCCAGUAGAAAAGAAGACCCCCACCAGCCUGUCCUGGGACCAGCUAGGGGGGUACCCAGAUAUUCCCCGGCUGUUGGCAUUGGAUGUG